AUGUAUUCACAUACAAACAAAGAUGAUGGAAAAAGGUAAGUCGUCAACUUUAACUAUUAAGUGUAAUAUAGUGAAGAUGAUGGUUACCAUUGGGAGGUAGACGAAGCUAAAGGUGGUAACGUUAGAGAUGCUGACAACCGAAACGACUUCUCAGACGACUCACGGAACUCGCCUUUCCAUCAAGAAGCAACAGAAGAAUCACUAAUGUAAGCCAAGUUUAUUUUAAAUAUCAAAAUUUAUUUUUUUACAGAAUUCGACUACGGUAUGUUAUGUAUACUUUGACAGCUUACUACUUUCACUGUGUGUUUGUUCUACUGCACCUUGUAGUAAAUCAUGGGUAUGGCCAAGUAAGUGUUUAAUUUUAGAAAAGAAGCCGACAAUAUCGUGGAGAAGAACUUCGAAGCUGUUAACUUCACCUUCAACAACAGCCAUUUCUAUUGUAAACAGCUGGUUUCCAUCUUCCAUGAUUAA